UGCGUGCCUCAUUCCCCCCGUCAACCGGUAAUUUUUUCCAAAGACCGACCGAAAAAAAUGAACGCCGCCGCAGUAGAAGCACAGCUGGAGAAGAUGAAGAAAUUCAUCGAAAAAGAAGCUCAAGAAAAGGUUCUCGAGAUAAGAGAGAAAUCUGAAGAAGAGUUCACUAUCCUGAAAGCUAAGCUGGUGCAGACAGAGAAGCUGAAGAUCCUAAGCGAAUUCGAAAGGAGAGAAAAGUCGCUGCAGCUCAAGCAAAAGAUAAACUAUUCAACGGCGUUCAACAAGGCCCGUCUAGAGAGACUUUCUUUCCAGCAAAAAAAGAUCCAGGCCAUUUUCAGCGAAGCCAGGUCGAAGCUCGAAGAUGUCGUCCAACAGGAGUCCUACAAAGACCUGCUGGUCAAGUUGACGGUACAAGGACUUUUUUUGAUGGACGAAAAAGUGGUCGUCCUCCGCGUUCGCGAGCAGGACAUCGAGCUCCUCAACAGCCUGCUUCCCACGAUCUUGGAAAAAUAUGAGAAGUGGCGCCCGAAUUGCGGCGACGUCAGACUCGAAGUAAGCUCGGAAAAGCCGGCCAAGUGUGUCGGCGGUGUUAUUUUGAGUACACCAGAAGGGCACAUUUCGUGCAACAAUACGCUCGAGAUGCGCCUGAUACACGCCUUCGAUAUCUCCCUCCCACUUCUGCGUCGCAUUCUCUAUUCUGACAUCACUGUCUAAAUAUAGCUGGAGCUACUAAAAACCACUUCGAAUAACCUCAGACCGUUUGAAUUUAUCUGCGUGCUGCG